AUGCCAUCUAAGUCGUCCUCGUCGUCACCCAGGGGACGUCCUCCGAAGAAGGCUGCCACGGGCACCGCUCUGAAAACUGCUUCGGCUGGAACCAAGAAGAAGCGCCCUACCAAGCACAGGCUGCCUUAUUCCACCUACAUCUACCGAGUCCUCAAGCAGGUUAGUGUUAUAGUGCGUUCCGCGCAAGGCACGUUUUAAAAGAAAAAAGGAAAAGCUACCGUAAUUAACAACUUAUGCUCUAUAAAACUGCUAAAUACAGCAAAAAACAAAACUCUUGAAGCGGAGAAUCUCAAUUUUGAUCUAGUUUUUUACACGGUUUUUUUAGCGAAAAGAAAAACUUAAGCUGAUGCGGAACAGGCUAUAUGCGUAGAUCUACGUAGAGUAAAUUUAUGAGAACACAGACAAAGUCCAAAAGACGUCAAAAAAGCCUUAAAAAGAUGAGCCUGAAGCUUAUCUUCGAGUAGCUUUUUUUUUAUUUUUUCGAGAGGUUUCAAAAGUUUCUCGGAAUAUUAUUAUUUUUUUCAACUUUUUUUCCGUCUUUUUUUAAAUUUCAUUAAAGGGCCCUUUUCCAAAAUUUCUUUUUGAAACCUUUUGAAAAAAAAUGCAAAUAAUCGGACAGUAAAAACUUUAAAAAUAAUCAACGCACAUUUUGAGAAAUAAAAAGCGCGGAAUGCCAAAGGUCAAUCGAGCUCGAUUGGCGUGGAUACCUUGCGAAGUAUCCGCGCCUUCAAUCAAUAAAAAGGAUUCGCGCUGAAAUAGAGAACGAAGUGCUGACCGGCAGCAUACUUCCUCAGCCUCUCAAAUCUAAAGAGCAUUGAGACAGUAAUUGAGGGCACACAAGCGGCGUUGAAUUUUGAGAUGUAAUAAUGAAUUGAAACAUGAAAAAAAAAAUUUUGAGGUACACCCGGAGUCUCGAAUUUCCACCAAGGCGAUGGAUAUCAUGAAUUCCUUCGUUAACGACAUAUUUGAACGGCUCGCAAACGAAGCUUCUCGCUUGGCAAAGUACUCGAAACGCUUGACGCUUUCUUCACGCGAAAUCCAAACCGCUGUGAGGCUGGUUCUUCCCGGUGAGCUCGCCAAGCACGCCGUUUCUGAAGGCACGAAAGCUGUCACCAAAUUUUCUGCAAGCAAGUAG